GUCACCAACAACAAACACCUGUCAAACGUGGGUACACGGGACGGGACGGGGUGGGUACACAGUGUGCCAGUGACAGCUGAUGCCACCCCCAAAAGGCUUGCAUGUCUUGUCUUUCAAAAGGGUUGAACAAGAUGAAUCAAUUCGACGAUUGGCUUCAACAUGCUCUCGAACAGCGACUAGGUUCUUUUGUCGAAGAAAAAAUACUAGCCAUUCAAAACUUGGAUUCAAAAACAUUGGACUCUCUUGGUGAUGAGCUUGUGCAUGUUGUUUGUCGUUCUCAAGAAAUGUCAGAAUUUAGAAACAAUAUCCUUCAUCAGGACUGUGAUGUAUUGAGCCUGGAUGGAGAGGACAAUGCUGCCUAUGACGGCAGUUUGAAUGACACUGUAGCCCUCAGUGGAUGCUCCAGCACCAAUGUCACCCCACGAAAAGAGACAGGAGAUGAUGGCUUCACUAUAUCAGAGAGGCGUGCUAGGACUUCCUCUCAACGUAGCACCAACCAACGCAUGCAAGCUUUAGAAUUGUUGCUCAAGGUACCAAUCAGUGACAUUGUAGGCUCUGCAAAUUGGCCUCACCUUCAACAAGAGUUGUGCGAGAGCCUUUGUGAUGAAAAUUGGAGCGUUUUUAUGCAAGUUCUGAGAGUCCUCACAAGGCUUUCAUCAUCUUCUUUGUUUAGCCCUGUCAGAGAAGGGUUUCUCAGUGUACUAGAGGGGCUGACGUUGUACUACUUGACAAGAAAUCUACACCAACAACUGCCAUCGACCCUCCAUGGAGUCCAACUUAAAAACCCAGUGCAUAGAAGGAUUGUUUUAACGUCACAAUGUCUCUUACAAAUUUUGAAUGUUAUUCCCGGAAAGUGGAUUCGUUACGGAGAGAAGCGCACUCAAGAAAUUGUUGACAAUUUUGUUGACCUGCUUUCCAUGCACACCCAUCACCACAGAACUCUGACAGUGGAUCAUAGCAAGGACAUACUUUAUCCCUUCCACAUGUUUUCCAUUUUGGACCCAGAGGCAAAGUGGUGUGAGGGCAUCAUGCAUGCAGCGUUUGGAAGAACCAUUCUCAUGAAGUGCGUAAUGAAGUCAUCAAGCCUCAUAAGAUUCAUCGUGGAAGAAGUGAUUAUAUGGUUGAAAUGUCAAAUGAAACUUUCAGAAGGCGUAACUCUUGUUCAUGAAUGUGGCACUAAUGGAAAUAUAAAUGGAAAUAUGAUAAAUUUGUCUGUUUUUGUUCAUUGUGUCUCAUUGCUUAAAAUGUUUGUGAAUUGUGAGCGAGGCCAUUUGCUGUUCCCUGUUCUGACAAGCAUUCAGGAGGAGGCAGUAUCAAUUUAUAGCUUACUACUAAAAAUUUUAGAAUUUCUCAACAGGGUUGCCAGUGAACCCAAUAUGCAUCACAGUGAAAGGAUUCAGAAAAUGUUGGAGAAUGUUUGCGCCACUUUAAUACUUAGUCGAGGAACUAGAAUAUUGCAUGGGAGUAGUUUAGAGUUGAUUCACCAACUCAUGGAAGUACAAAAUAGAACAGAUCAUUUUAGCCUUCAUACGCACAAUGUCAACAUUUUGUACAAGAUUUCAGAGUCACCAAUAGCUAUAAGGUGGAUGUUAGGACGACCUGCCAGGAGAACACGUGAUGGACUCUCACGUGCUUUCUCUGAUCUUAGAGUAUCGCUGUCCUCAGCAAGUAGCUCUGGGAGGGAGAGUGUCCUCACAAACCGUACUGCAUGUGUGGCCAGGAAAAUUGCCAAAGCAACCACAGUAGCAGUGAGAGAUAGAAACCGGUUUACUUCGGAGUCUACCUCUCCAGCAUCCAUGCUUCUCUCUCUCAGUGAGAGGCUUUUCAGCACUCCUGAAGGAUAUCUUCUUUUGGAAUCCUGUGAGAGCCAACUUAUACCAUUGGCUGGCCAUCUUUUGAUGCACAUUAGAAAUAUGAUGUACAAUUCUGACCUAGGAUUGCUAUCCAUGCAACAAAGUCUUGAAUCAUUCUUACUUGGCAUGACACUAACACCCAUGGGGUUCUUAGCAGUUUCUAGUGUGGAAAACCUUUUAAAUUGUCUAGUUGCCUGUUAUUUAGAAAGUCCCUUGACAAACAGAUAUAAUGAGCCAAUAUUUUUGCAUCUAUUUCAACUCCUAACAUCAGAGCCAAACUUGAAGCUGCAAGUCCAUAGGAAAAAUCUGAUGAAACAUGCAUUGCUAGAGCUGUGGGCAGCACAGGAGUCUGUGUCUGGAUGGGACUGGGAAGAAGCAAAAAAUCGCUUUACGUCCAUUGUUCUAGCUGUGUGUUCUACUCCCUCGGCUGUUGCAGAUAUGCUUGCACAAUCAGACCCUGGCGAUGAUUCUAGUGAAAGCACCCUAGUUGAAGAAAUUCAGCCAUUAUCCUUCAGAGAAUUCUUUUUGAGUGGUCUGCAGUCAAUGUGUGACACUAGCUCAGGUCAAAUACAAGAAAUAUUUUUCAAAGUAUUACAUUUGCUGUCACACAAUAUUGACCUUGCUUUGCAAUUACAAGAAAAUCUCAACCUCUCAGACUGUCUUCAAAGAGUACUGAAUGAUGCUAUGGUAAAAGAAUCGUGCAAUGAGCUUACUGUUCAACCAUCACCUCGCAGGGAUAAAUCAAACACAAAUAUCAUAGAUGAAGAUGCACGUACUUGCAGCCACAUUCUGACCAUCAUUCAUCAGCUCAGAGAUCCAUCUCCUUGCAACCUUUCCACAUGGUUCAACUGUGGAGGGCCAAGAAGUCCUCGAACUGCUUAUACUAGCAGGGCUCGAAUUCAAACAGACUUGCAGAGAUUCUUGCAAGACACACGACAUGGUCUACAUGACAAUAUGUGGAUAUCCCAUGCUCGAAGAGCCUACCGGGCAUCUUGUCGGAGUGACCUCAAGGUGCCUGUGUUAAUGGAUUUAUUAGACCAAGUGCUACAAACUCAUCCAGCUCUAUCAACCACCGAUACAGCUCUCAAAUGGCCAACAAGGAACGCAUACCCUUCCCAUUCUGAGCAGCAUUUGCAAGCCAUUGACACCGUCAUCAGAUUUGGUUGUCAGAUUAAAUCCCUCAAUGCCAACAUGAUGAACACACAUGCCGAACAGCUAGCUCUGCUCCUCCAUCAAACUGAAAUAUUUUUGUCUCGACAAAAAACUGACAGCAAUUUUGAUUGGUUUGCGGCAUCCGUGUUCCUCAUGUGUGCUGGCAAUGUCGACAGAAGCAGAAGUGUUCUGCAGAGAGUGGCCAUGCUACCAAAUGGAUCAUUCAUCUGGCCCAUGUUAUCACAGAACACCACACAACUGGCAGCAUCCAUCAACCAACAUUUACAAGGGCUUCUAGCAGAAUUUUUGCCUAAAGCUUACCAUGCCCUGCAGGGAGCAGGCAUCCCAUGGUGGCUUGUUGCAGAGAGGCUCACUCAGCAAGCUUUCAUGCCAUCUAUUCCUCUAGCGCAACUGCCGCACAUGCUGGCAAUAACAGCAUUACACUCUUGGGAGUAUAACUUGUACAUGCAGGCAGCCAUUCUGGCACACAUACAGCCAGCUGUUUUGGAAAUAUCACCACCAAAAUCAAUUCCGUCACUCCUUAUGGAUCUGAAGCUGGACAACUUUUACCUGGGGGAUUAUAUACCAUUUAUGGAUAAAUUAGCAAAAUUGAACCGCCCAUACCUUGUGAGAGAUCGCAUCGCAACAGCAACAAUAUGAAUGUUCUUUAGCCCUAGAAAAGAAGU